AUGGCAAAGCGCAAGGCAAACACUUCGAAAGGUGCGGAUCGAGCACCCAAAAGAGCAAGGAUCGCGGAUACUCCGGAGAUAUUCGAGGAUUCUAUCAUCGAAAAAAGCGCUGAAGAAAAGUGGAAGUCUGCGAAGUCAGAGUGGAAAGUAGAGCGCAGACGCCUCGCAGCUAAAGCAAGGAAACCAAAAACCGGAUCUGUAGACCCUCCACCACAGACUGCCAAUCCCGAUACUUCUUCAUGUGACCCUACGACAGAGUCGGGCUCGCAAACGCAAGCCGCUGUCGACUCACCGAUGCAAAACAAGACAUAUGAUGGUCAUUCGGCUGACGAUUCGACCGUGCCGCUCCAUUCCGAAAAACUUGACGAAUUGGAUGAACGUCUUUGGAGCCUGCACGAAACUGCACACAAAGCCACCCACGAAGGGUUGAUCCAGCUCAUCAGUAGCGUGAAGCAGAUGGGCGAAAUCAUACGAGCCCGAGAUGCGGAACUAGCAUUACAAAGCGAGAAGAUCGAGGAGCUGGAGGCAGAGCUUGCGGACUUUCGCGCGAAGAAAGCCCGUCGCGUCCACUUUGAGCCACCGGUGAGCGAUGCGAGUGAAGGAGAUGAAGACGCCGACGGGGAAGAGGGCGAAGAGGACGAUGGAUCGAGUGACGGAGCAAGCGAAGCUUCAUGA